UUUUUGCCACCUUUCCUGUUGGCCGAAACCCUGGUUGUUCUUGUGGCGUGGAAGCAUACCUAGCUUCUGUUGUUUGUCCAUAGCCCACCGCCGAACGCAUGUGUGUUGCGGGUGGUAGGCUCCAGAUAUCAACUAUGAGAUGCACAGCCAAUUUGACAACAGCUUCAGAGUCGCACAGAUCCAAUCUCGCGAUCGAUCGAUCGACCGACCGACCGACCGACGCCGCCGGACGUAGUGCCAAGACAACGACUUCUUCUACGAUAUCUUACAAUAGCGCUUCCAACCGAUCUCAAUAUUAAGAGCCUCACCUACACGUAUGCUGAUCUCCGCAGGAAUUGGUUCUAUCUGGAUCGACUCCUCGAUCGCAUGGCGCCCGUCUUCUCGAUCGACGACCCAACCCCACGUAUUAGAGAGCUCGGGGGGCUUACUGUUCUCCCGAAUGAGCUCCUCCUUAACAUUCUUGAAAUUGUUUCAAUCAUCGAUCUGAUGCGAUUUCGGCGCUGCAACAGGUGCUCGAGCUAUUUCGUCAACACGAUUCCACCGUUACGUAUGGCUCUCCGCAUCGCGCCGAACACGAUGAAGGGAAUUUUGGCAUUGGAGGUCUCUACACAUAUUCUACCAGAGGGAAUGUGAUGGAUGCGGAAGGCCGACGCAAUGCAUCUACUUACCAACCUGCCUACGAGCUUGCGUUCUCUAUAUACACCCUUACUACGGCACAUAUCUCACUGAACAACUUCGAAGGCAGAGCAAGGUGUAUUCUGCUUAACUUGUGUGGGCACGCUGAACGAAGACCGGCUUUACAUUAAAGAUGCGUUUUAGAGCACCUUGGAGACUGUCGCGUUGGGUCAAAUUCGACAUGGAGGAUAAUUAGACGGAAUGCUCAUCUCUGGGUAUGUGAGGAUGGUGAGUAGGGCGAGGAGUAGUAGCUUCUGAUUGGUUCAACUCGCGCGUUGAUAGGUUUUCCUUAGUGGACCGUACUGUAGCAAAGUAGUGCUUAACGGAUGGGUG